CACCCCAACCCAACUUCAAGGGAAGCAAGCUCUCACCAAAAACAAACUUCAAAGACAGUGUUGUUGAUCAGAACCAAAUCUUUUGAGAGAAAGUAGCUAAGCUCUUGCUUUAUUUUGAGCGUAAUAAAUUAACUUCUUUCUUUUGAGUACUUUUUUUUUUGUGUUGCCUGAAGCAUGGAGGCCAGCAUAGGUUGCUGCUCACCCAGGGCAUUCCUGCCUGGUGUUUCAACCCAUCAGCAUUCCACUGCACUUGUGGCUCCACCUUCCAUCUCUCCAUCCUUCAGCUCCAAGAGCCUGAAAUCAAGCUCCCUCUUCGGAGAACCAUUACGACAAGUGCCAAGAUCAUCACUCAAGGUUUCAAAGACAAAACAGUCUUCCCUUGUCACCAGAUGUGCAAUUGGUGAGAGUCUGGAAGAGUUCCUUGCAAAGGCAACCCCAGAUAAGGGACUGAUUAGGUUGCUGAUAAGUAUGGGAGAAGCAUUAAGGACUAUUUCCUUCAAGGUGAGAACAGCUUCCUGUGGAGGAACGGCCUGUAUUAAUUCCUUUGGGGAUGAGCAGCUUGCGGUGGACAUGCUCGCUGACAAGCUUUUAUUCGAGGCCUUAAGCUACUCACAUUUCUGCAAAUAUGCUUGCUCUGAAGAGGUUCCAGAACUCCAAGACCUGGGAGGCCCAGUUGAAGGUGGAUUUAGUGUUGCUUUUGAUCCACUCGACGGCUCCAGCAUUGUUGACACAAACUUCACUGUAGGCACUAUCUUUGGUGUGUGGCCAGGAGAUAAGUUAACUGGGAUAACAGGAAGAGACCAAGUUGCUGCAGCCAUGGGAAUUUAUGGUCCUAGGACUACAUAUGUUCUUGCUAUCAAGGGCUUCCCUGGAACCCACGAAUUUCUUCUUCUAGAUGAAGGAAAGUGGCAACAUGUCAAGGAGACAACAGAGAUUGGUGAAGGGAAAUUAUUCUCCCCAGGAAAUUUGAGAGCCACAUUUGACAACCCGGACUAUGACAAGUUGAUCAACUACUAUGUAAAAGAGAAAUACACGUUGAGAUACACCGGAGGAAUGGUGCCAGAUGUCAAUCAGAUACUUGUAAAAGAGAAAGGAGUUUUCACAAAUGUGAUAUCUCCAACUACCAAAGCCAAGCUCAGGCUGUUAUUUGAGGUAGCUCCAUUGGGGUUAUUAAUCGAGAACGCUGGAGGUUAUAGUAGUGAUGGUCACCAGUCUGUAUUAGACAAAGUGAUUGUUAAUCUGGAUGACAGAACACAAGUUGCGUAUGGAUCCAAAAAUGAGAUAAUCCGGUUCGAAGAAACUCUAUACGGAUCAUCCAGGCUCAAGGCAGGGGUGCCUGUCGGAGCUGCAGCCUAAGCUAUGCAGUUUGCUAUUCAUACAGAAGUUUGUAUAAUGGUGCAUAAAUUUUCCAAUAUGGUGGAGAAGAAUUACAAGGUUAAAAGUUUGUCAAUGGAAUGGAUCAAUCAAGUUGGUUUAUAGUUAAUCUUUA